GGAAGGCAGGAGGCGGCGAUCCCGGCGGAGGGGGCCGUUCGCCAGCUCCGAGGCAGAAAGUGCCACGACUCCACACGCGCGCACGCAGCCAGCGAGCGGCCGGAGCGGACGGCGGACGGGGCGGACGGCGUCGGGGUCAGUCGCGCCUGCAGUUGCUUGUGGGCGGCUUCUCGGCGGAGGCUCAGCGGGCUCCUCUCUCCCGGUUCCGCGGCGGCGGCGGCUCCUGCCAUUUCGCUCUUCCUCCCGCGUCUCCGGCUGCAGGUGAAAGGAAAGCAAGCCAGGAUGGACAUUUACGACACUCAGACCUUGGGGGUUGUGGUCUUUGGUGGAUUCAUGGUUGUUUCUGCCAUUGGCAUCUUCCUGGUAUCCACCUUCUCCAUGAAGGAAACAUCAUAUGAAGAAGCCCUAGCCAACCAGCGCAAGGAGAUGGCGAAAACUCACCACCAGAAAGUGGAGAAGAAAAAGAAGGAGAAAACAGUGGAGAAGAAAGGAAAGACGAAGAAAAAGGAAGAGAAACCCAAUGGGAAGAUACCUGACCAUGAGCCAGCCCCCAACGUGACCAUCCUUCUCAAAGAUCCUGUGCGGGCACCCGCAGUGGCAGUGGCUCCAACCCCAGUCCAGCCCCCCGUGGUCAUUGCCCCUGUAGCCCCAGUACCAGCUGUGCCCCAGGAGAAGCUGGCCUCCUCCCCUAAGGACAAAAAGAAAAAGGAAAAAAAGGUGGCAAAGGUGGAACCAGCAAUUAGUUCUGUAGUGAAUUCUAUCCAAGUUCUUACCUCCAAGGCUGCCGUCUUGGAAACUGCUCCCAAGGAGGUGCCUAUGGUGGUCGUGCCCCCAGUGGGUGCCAAGACUGGUACCCCAGCCACCGGCACUGCACAGGGCAAAAAGGCAGAGGGAGCCCAGAAUCAGAACAAAAAGGCAGAGGGAACCCCUAACCAGGGCAAAAAAGCUGAGGGCGCUCCCAAUCAGGGCAAAAAGGCAGAGGGAGCCCCCAACCAAGGCAAAAAGGCAGAGGGGGCCCAGAAUCAGGGCAAAAAGGGAGAAGGAGCCCCAAACCAAGGCAAAAAGACAGAAGUGGCCCCCAACCAGGGCAAAAAGACAGACGGGGCCCCCAACCAGGGCAAAAAGGCAGAUGGGGCCCAGAAUCAGGGCAGAAAGGCAGAGGGGGCACAAAAUCAGGGCAAAAAGGCAGAGGGGGGCUCUAGCCACGGUAAAAAAGAGGAGGGGACCCCAAACCAGAGUAAAAAGGCAGAGGGGAGCUCCAAUCAGGGGAAAAAGGUGGAAGUGGUUCAGAAUCAGAGCAAAAAAGCAGAGGGAACCCCCAACCAGGGCAAAAAGGCAGAGGGGGCCCAGAACCAGGGUAAAAAAGUAGAGGGAGCCCAGAACCAGGGCAAAAAGGCCGAGGGUACCCCCAACCAGAGUAAAAAAGUAGAGGGGGCCCAGAACCAGGGCAAAAAGGUGGAAGGGGCCCCCAACCAGGGCAAAAAGGAGGGAACCCCAAACCAGGGAAAAAAGGCAGAGGGGGCCCAGAACCAGGGUAAAAAAGUAGAGGGAGCCCAGAACCAGGGCAAAAAGGCCGAGGGUACCCCCAACCAGAGCAAAAAAGUAGAGGGGGCCCAGAACCAGGGCAAAAAGGUGGAAGGGGCCCCCAACCAGGGCAAAAAGGAGGGAACCCCAAACCAGGGAAAAAAGGCAGAGGGGACCCCCAACCAGGGCAAAAAGGCCGAGGGGGCCGCCACCCAGGGCAAAAAGGAGGGUACCCCAAACCAGGGCAAAAAGGCCGAGGGGGCUUCCAACCAGGGCAAAAAGGCCGAGGGGGCCUCCAACCAGGGCAGAAAGGCUGAGGGGGCUCUCAACCAGGGCAGAAAGGCCGAAGGGGCCCAGAAUCAGGGCAAAAAGGCUGAGGGGGCCCAGAAUCAGGGCAAAAAGGCUGAGGGGGCCCAGAAUCAGGGCAAAAAGGCUGAGGGGGCCCAGAAUCAGGGCAAAAAGGCUGAGGGGGCCCAGAAUCAGGGUAAAAAGGCAGAUUCGGUUGCUAAUCAGGGCACAAAGGCAGAGGCUGUUGCAAGCCAGGGGAAAAAAGUAGAGGGAGGCCCCAAUCAAGGCAAAAAGACAGAGGGAACCCCGAACCAGGGCAAAAAGUCUGAAGGGUCCCCCAACCAGGGCAAAAAGGCAGAUACAUCUGCCAAUCAGGGUAAAAGGACAGAGUCAGCUCCUAUCCAAGGCAAAAAUACAGAUAUGGUUCAGAGCCAAGAGGCACCAAAGCAAGAGGCUCCUGCAAAGAAGAAGUCUGGUUCAAAGAAGAAAGGUGAACCUGUGCCCCCGGACUCUGACAGCCCUCUCUACCUCCCCUACAAGACUCUGGUCUCCACAGUCGGAAACAUGGUGUUCAACGAGGGUGAGGCCCAGCGGCUCAUUGAGAUCCUGUCUGAGAAGGCUGGAGUCAUUCAGGACACCUGGCAUAAGGCCACUCAGAAGGGUGACCCAGUCGCGAUUCUGAAACGCCAGCUGGAAGAGAAGGAAAAGCUGCUGGCCACAGAGCAGGAAGAUGCGGCUGCCGCCAAGAGCAAACUGAGGGAGCUCAAUAAGGAGCUGGCAGCAGAAAAGGCUAAGGCAGCAGCCGGGGAGGCCAAGGUGAAGAAGCAGCUCGUGGCCCGGGAACAGGAGAUCACAGCCGUGCAGGCGCGCAUGCAGGCCAGCUACCGGGAGCACGUGAAGGAGGUGCAGCAGCUGCAGGGCAAGAUCCGGACUCUUCAGGAGCAGCUCGAGAAUGGCCCCAACACACAGCUGGCCCGUCUGCAGCAAGAGAACUCCAUCCUGAGGGAUGCCUUGAACCAGGCCACAAGCCAGGUGGAGAGCAAGCAGAACGCAGAGCUGGCCAAGCUCCGGCAGGAGCUGGGCAAGGUCAGCAAGGAGCUGCUGGAGAAGUCAGAGGCUGCGAGACAGGAGGAGCAGCAGCGGAAGGCUCUGGAGACCAAGGCAGCUGCCUUUGAGAAGCAGGUCCUCCAGCUGCAGGCAUCUCACAAGGAGAGUGAGGAGGCUCUGCAGAAGCGCCUGGACGAGGUCAGCCGGGAACUGUGCCGCUCACAGACCAGCCACGCCAGCCUGCGGGCCGACGCCGAGAAGGCCCAGGAGCAGCAGCAGCAGAUGGCUGAGCUGCGCAGCAAACUGCAGUCCUCCGAGGCGGAAAUGAAGAGCAAGUGCGAGGAGCUGAGUGGCCUCCAUGGGCAGCUCAAGGAGGCCAGGGCUGAGAACUCACAGCUCACUGAGAGAAUCCGGUCCAUUGAGGCCCUCCUGGAGGCGGGCCAGGCCCGCAACACCCAGGAUGCCCAGGCCAGCCAAGCAGAGCAGCAGGCCCGCCUCACAGAGCUAGAAUCCCAGGUGCGACAUCUGGAGAAGGAGGCCACAGAGCUCAAGGAGGUGGUUGAGCAGCAGAAAGUAAAGAACAAUGAUCUCCGAGAGAAGAACUGGAAGGCCAUGGAGGCCCUGGCCUCGACUGAGAGAACCUGCGAGGAAAAGCUGCGCUCCCUGACCCAGGCCAAGGAGGAAUCCGAGAGGCAGCUCAGCUCAACCCAGGCUCAGACCAAGGAGGCCCUGCUGGCUCUCCUGCCGGCACUCUCAGACUCGGCACACCAGAGUUACACCGAGUGGCUGCAGGAACUCCGAGAAAAAGGCCCUGAGUUGCUGAGGCCGCUGCCAGCUAGCACAGAGCCCUCCUCGGACCUGACCUCCAAGCUUCGGGAGGCUGAGGAGACCCAGAGCAGUCUGCAGGCCGAGUGUGACCAGUACCGCACCAUCCUGGCGGAGACGGAGGGCAUGCUUAAGGACCUACAGAAGAGUGUGGAGGAGGAGGAGCUGGUGUGGAAGGCCAAAGUGAGCACCACAGAGGAGGAGCUCCAGAAGUCACGGGUCACAGUGACACAUCUUGAAGAGAUCGUAGAGAAGCUGAGGGCAGAACUUGAAAAUUCAGAUCAGGUGCGGGAACACACAUCACAUCUGGAAGCGGAGCUGGAGAAGCACAUGGCGGCCGCCAGUGCUGAGUGCCAGAGCUAUGCCAAGGAGGUGGCAGGGUUGAGGCAGCUUUUAUUAGAAUCUCAGUCUCAGCUGGAGGCAGCCAAGAGCGAAGCCCAGAAACAGAGCUGUGAGCUCGCCCUGGUCAGGCAGCAGCUGAGUGAGAUGCAGAGCCACGUAGAGGAUGGUGACGUAGCUGGGUCCCCGGCUAUCCCCCCAGCAGAGCAGGACCCCGUCGAGCUGAAGACGCAGCUGGAGCAGACGGAAGCCCUGCUGGGGGACGAGCAGGCACUGCGGCAGAAGCUCACCACCGAGUUUGAGGAGGCUCAGAGCUCGGCAUGGCGGCUCCAGGCAGAGCUGGAGAAGCUCCGCAGCACAGGGCCCUUGGAGUCCUCAGAAGCAGAGGAGGCUGUACAGCUGAAGGAGAGACUAGAGAAAGAGAAGAAGUUAACCAGUGAUCUGGGACGCGCUGCCACCAAAUUACAGGAGCUUCUGAAGAUGACCCAGGAACAGCUGGCAAAGGAGAAAGACACAGUGAAGAAAUUGCAAGAGCAAUUAGACAAAACAGAGGACAGUAGCAGCUCAAAGGAGGGCACUUCUGUCUGAGUCUUCCUCUGCGGGAAAAGAAGUUACUGUUCAAUUUACCAAAAUGCCUUACACAUUCCUUACAAAUAAAUAAACCGACCGACACAGCGUUAUCCAGGCCCAACUUCCAGUAGCUCUGAGAGAAGCCAUUAGAGGCGAAGAGUCUCUUAGAAUCACAGAACUAGAUCUUCCAGACUCCUGUUUGUAAAAGGAACCUUUGUCACAUUUGAUAAACACUAUUCCCCAGGACCAGCCCUGGACCAUCACCAAGCAGAUGCCAAAGCCUUUAUCAGCUCCGUGACAGACCCCAGGGUGUGUGCUGGGGAGGCUGGGGCCUCUGGGGACCCAUGUGUCAAUCAGUGCAAUUGUUUUCUCUCACUGGGCUGGGGACUGGGAGGGGGCAGGUGGGGCCGGGUGGAGAGUCUCAAAGGCUGUGGAACAGACUGGAGGGGCGCAGCCCAGCGAGGCAGCAGCCCCACAAUCCUGGGAGAAGUUGCCAGCAAGAACUGAUGUAUGACCUCCUGGAUGUUAAUGCCAUUAAAACCAACAUUGUCGCCCGGCA